GGGGGGUGGCCGCGCGGCUCCUGCUGCAGCAAUUUGGGGAUCGCUAGAGGGAGGCGGGCAUCUCUGGCUGUCGACGUUGCUCCGGGCGGGCGGUCGCCUCGGACGGUCGCACGAUUCCUACGCUACUUGGUGGGUUCAGCUCUGAAAAAAAAGAAAAGGGGGUCUCCCAGAGCCGAGGCGAACCAUGUCUGAUCCAGCUCAGCCAGCUGCCCCAGGUGCAGGACCAGAAGGGGGAGAAAAUGCUGGAGGCCCUCCUGGACCACCCCCAAAUUUGACCAGUAAUCGUCGCCUGCAACAGACUCAAGCACAGGUGGAAGAGGUGGUAGAUAUAAUGCGUGUGAAUGUGGAUAAAGUCUUGGAGCGAGAUCAGAAAUUAUCAGAAUUAGAUGAACGAGCAGAUGCUCUCCAAGCUGGUGCCCAAGUAUUUGAAAGUAGUGCAGCAGCGCUCAAGAGGAAGUACUGGUGGAAGAACUGUAAGAUGAUGAUCAUGCUGGGAGUGAUCUGUGCCAUUGUGGUCAUUGCAAUUGCACUCUACUUUUUUACCUGAGAAUGUGGUCUUCUCCCCUCCCUCCCCAGUCUGCAGCCUUCUUUCCCCAUUGCCUUUUCCUGUCCCACUUCUUCCUCUUCUUUCCUUUCUCCUUUCAUUCUGGCUUGGUCAUCUGUUUUCUUUUACCUUCCAUACCAAGACUUUUAUGCAUUGUUUCCUGGUUUUCAGUUCAUUCUCCGCAUAGCUGCUGCAGCCUUUGACUAGGCCAGCUCUUUUGUUUUUAAAUUUUUAAAAUUAUUUCGAGGGUAGCAAAGGGGCCUAGUGGAGGAAAUUUUGGAUGAGGAGGCUGUGAUGUUGUGGUUGAUGGCACACAUGGGUUUUGCUUGCCGUUUGAGGUGUAUUGGAAGUAUCCUUUUCUCUUGCGACUCAAUUGCAAAACAUGUCCUUUGGCCAUGGGCAGCAUUAAUGAAGUUGUUACUGGAAAAAUUGGAGAGAGACAAGAGAAGGUGGGUGUUUACUGGGAGUAAACGUAGUGUUUGCCAGGAAAAGAUCCUGGUCCCAGAAUUGUUCUGAUGUUCCCUUAGUUAGAAAUCCAUGAUGGAUGUUCUGCCUAAAGAAAUGGUGGUCCUAAGAAAACUGGCACUCUUCCCUUACCAUCUCUGAGACGACUUUUGACCUCAUGAAUGUGGCAAGAAAGAUGUUGGUUUGAUUCGUUUUCCUUGGCUCCAGAAGAGGUAGCUUGAUAAUGGGGCCCUGUAUUCUGUAAGGCCCUCUGAAGUAACAGUGGGAUAAAAUGGAUCUCUCCUGCUGCCUGCUGUCUGGUGUGGCCUGCUUGAUCACUCUGACAGCUUGACAGAGCUGACCAUUCAGUUAGCAAGCCCCACACUGUUUUGCUCCUUAGUUGAAAAGGAAGCACAGCAAUGGCAUGACGACUGUGCAUUUGGGGACUGCCUUAUUCUGCAGGAGCAAAGUAAGGUGGUUGUGCCGUAUGAUGCUAGGCCGGGUUUUUUUUGCCUAGUUGUACAUCCCUAGUUCCUUGGGACGGAGCCAGCAGGGCGAAGUGCUGGUGCUUUCUGAGGAUGGCCUGAAUGUCGAUUCUCACACUCAUUCAUCGCUUCUCCUUUAGGUUAUCAUUUGAUAAUUCCAUCAGUGGCAAAUCUGCCUAUAUUGAUUCAUGCUCAGUUGUCACUUCCCACGCACCCUGGCAAAGUUGCAUUACUCCUGACUGAAAGGAGCUUAGAACAAUGGGUGGAUUGUUUAAAGAGGUUUAAGAGUAGGGAGAGCCCUGUUUGCUGGUCGAGGCCCAGGAAGUGGCAAAGCUGUGAAUUACAGUCGGAGAGAGAGGUCUGUUUGGAUGCACAUGCUAUCUCCCUGUCAGGUUUGCACUGAGAGAAUGCUUUUGAAAGGGAAAAGGAGGCUGUGAUGCUCCAGCAUAGCUAUGGUGGAUUAAAGGCCCUUGGGCAUGUUUUAGCCAUUGAGCCCCUUUGUAUCUGGCCCCUCAAAGCGCCCCUCCUAGGUGUGCUAGGAAUAGCCUUUGCUGUCCCCUUAGCAUGCUGCGAAGGUGCUAACUUUUUUUGCAUGUUCACUGCCGUGCACCAGCAUUUCAUUUGCAGAGUCCACCUCCUUGCAAAUCCUCAUUUUUCUCCACCUUUGGAGCAUGAUGGAGGAGAACAGGAACAGAACUCUUCUAUGGACAAACCUCUCCCAUGUCACUGGAACUGUGCUGGUCGAAGUGCACCAUCCGAAGAGGAGCCAGGGCCCAGUUGGUGGUGGUGGUGGUGGUGGUGAUGCUGUCAACAUAAGAGGAAACCCAGUGAGAUGCUGAGGCCCCUCUUGAUCUCUUCUGGACAAGAUCUUGGUUGACUUGCUGCUGCCGUCUUUACUGAAAGAAGCUCGCCCGGCUGCUUUCUUCUGCUUUUCUUGUCUGUUCUCAUGGAUGUUGUACGUCGCGCCUCUUUCCCCGUCUAACCCUCUCCCCUGCUCCAUCUCUUUAUGCAUGGGUAAAAAAAGUACACCCACCCACCCCCAGGCCCUCUGUGCUGAAAGCAAGGGACUACUUUCUCUAUGCACAGGACUUCAGCCGCUUUCUCACGCACGUGUGGUUUGUCCUUGUGGGGAACGCAGCCGUAUUCUUUCCUCUGGCAUGUGUAACGACCAGCUCAUGUACUC